UCGUAACAGUCAACACCGUUUCCUUUUUCUUUUCCUUGUCGAGGUAACCGUUCUGUUUCAACUUCCAAUCGCAAAUCAAAGCCAAAAAUGGCCUCCGUUACGCUACACAUACAGUCACCACCACUCAACAACGACGUCGUUUCGCUUCCAAGGAAUCAUUUCCCUGUCGUCACCUUCAAAACAACCUUCUUUGGCUCCUCGUUGACCGCGAACGGGAAACCGCUUUCUCUACCAAAAACCUCUCGAACUCAACCCGUAAUCACUUCUUCUUCUUCUUCUUCUUCUACUACUACUCACACGUUCGAUGUUGUAAUUAUUGGUGCUGGAAUCAUCGGGUUAACUAUUGCCCGGCAGUUCCUCAUCGGGUCGGACCUUUCCGUUGCUGUUGUUGAUAAGGAUGUCCCUUGCUCUGGUGCUACUGGCGCUGGGCAGGGAUACUUGUGGAUGGUGCACAAGGAACCAGAGAGUGACACAUGGGACCUCACAAUGAGAAGCUACAAACUGUGGCAAAUGUUUGCAGAGAAGGUGCGUGCCCAAGGCCUGGAUCCGUUACAAGAAUUAGGUUGGAAACAGACUGGAAGUUUGUUGGUAGGCAGAACUGCCAAAGAGGCGGCAACGUUGAAAAAGAAGGUGAAGAGAUUAUCUGAAGCUGGAUUGAGAGCAGAGUACUUAACAAGUGAUGCUUUGCGAUUAACGGAACCUGAGCUUGAGGUCGGUAAAGAUGGCGGGGCUGCGUUUCUACCCGAUGAUUGUCAAUUGGACGCUCAACGUGCUGUUGCAUUCAUUCAAAAGGCUAAUAGGCAUUUUUCUACAAAAGGGAGAUAUGCGGAGUUCUUUCAUGAUCCAGUGACAAGUUUAUUGAGAUCUGAUAGCAGCAGUGAGGUUGAAGGUGUUCGGACUUUCAAGAAUACAUUGUACAGUAAGAAGGCUGUUAUAGUGGCAGCUGGUUGUUGGAGCGGGUCUUUGGUACAUGAUUUGUUUAGAGAAUCAGAUAUUUUGUUGAAUGUCCCUGUUAAGCCUCGGAAGGGUCACUUGGUUGUCCUUGAGAACUUUAGUUCCUUUAGAUUGGACCAUGGCCUGAUGGAGAUGGGUUAUGUUGAUCAUCUACAUGAUGCUUUAGAUCGCAAAAGUUCACAUUCAGUAAAAGUUGAGGAAGGGCAAACCCCGUCUGUCUCGAUGACGGCCACCAUGGACACAAUGGGAAACCUUGUUCUUGGGAGCAGCCGUCAGUUUACUGGGUAUAGCACUAAAGUGGAUGAGUCCAUUAUUAAUCAUAUAUGGAAGAGGGCUGGAGAGUUCUUUCCCAAACUAAAAGAGCUGCCCCUUGAAGAUUUCACUUUGGAUAGAAAAGUGAGAAUAGGAUUACGCCCUUAUAUGCCUGAUGGGAAGCCAGUGAUUGGGCCUGUGCCUGGUUUGAUGAAUGUGAUCAUCGCAACUGGGCAUGAAGGAGGAGGACUUUCUAUGGCUUUGGGUACUGCUGAAAUGGUUGCUGAUAUGGUGUUGGGCAAUCCUGGAAUUGUUGAUUUGGCAGCAUUUGCACUUCAGGGUCGAUGUUGCUAAUAAAUACCCGUGUUUUUUACAAGAUGGAAGAUGGAAUGGUUGCAUGAUUGGCCGGUAUUUAAUGGUCUGCUGGUUUUCUGGGACAUCUCAAGGUCACAGGAAAUAGUGCUGAAUUUUGGUAGCUGCUGACAUAUUUUGUAUGCCUUUCGUAUAUCUGCUUCUUUAAUUUAUAUUUGUAUUCACUGAACCAUUAGUUUUAUCUUCUAGUUCUUUUUUUUUUC